CCGUUUGUAGAGUUUGUCAAUAGUGCGCGUUGAAGAUUUUCAAAGUGUAGUAGCUUUCUGGAUUUUGUAGUCGUUCUUCUAUUUUUUGCAUUAAAACAACAAAAAAUUGUAUACAAAUAAAUGGAAAUUGAGUUAAACUCUGGUAAUCUACGUAAUUUAUGUCGUAUUUGUUUGGGUGCUGGUGAUUACAAUCUGUGGGAACACAAAGUGAAUUGGAGCGACAAUGCGACUGAAAACGAUUCACUGGAGUCAGACACGCAAGUUGCAGAAACGAUUACGAUACACGAAGUAUUGCAAAUGUAUAACGAUUGGCAGCAUACAAUACUUGAACUGGACGUUGAAUUGCAACUGAUUUGCAAAGAAUGCUUGCAUGAGUUACAGCCACAAUAUCAGUUCUACAAACGCUUACGCGCUGCUAACAAACAAAUAACACAAUUAUAUGAAGAAGCACUGCAGCAAGAAGCGGGUAAAGCAACUAUAACGCCCGAGCCAGUGGUCACCGAGCAUGUAGAGUAUGAUAACAAUUUAGUUGAAUAUUUAGAUUAUGCAACAGAGCAGCCACAAACUGAACUGCACGUGAAAUCUGCACAAUGUGUCGAAAGCAUAGUUUCAGCGCCUUUACAAGUACAAACCACACUUAAACAAACUGAGAAGCGUAAAUUUGCAAAGAAUCCAAAAUUCAUACUCACAGGCGGUGUAACGCAAUUACUUACACAUGCUACGGGUGCUACUACAUUUGAGCCACCAGUGGAGGCCAUUACGCAGCAAUCUGAUACGCAUACGCUUUAUAGUCCACAUAAACGAAAAAGAAAAGGAGAUGAUGUGGAGCUACAUAAACAGCUGGAGAAAAAGGAAAGAAGUAAUCACAAUUUCUUUCGAGAACACAUACCAAAUGUUAUAGACGAAGGGUGUACUACGAAUGAUUAUAUUAUUGAACAAAAAGAGCAAGAAGAAAUCGCACAUGAAGUACCGCCAAAUGAAUUAAUUGAGUAUGCUACAGGUGAACAAUACCAAACACUUAUCACUAGCAACCACAUUGAGAAACCGCUUGAAAUCGAAAAUGACGCUGAGGCUGCACUACCAUUUUCAACAGUGAGCGCUGAUGAUGCUGGUCGCUCCAUAUACGUGUGCAAAUAUUGCCCACAAGCUUUUACGGCGCCUUGCUUUCUGCUAACGCAUGCACGCAAGUCGCAUGUUUGUACGCAUUGUAGCAAAGCCUAUGUUAAAACUACAGAUUUAUUUGCACAUUUAAGAGAAUCACAUAAAGAUUAUAAAUGUAAAUAUUGCGGCAAAGAGCUUAGUUCAAAUGGCAACUUGCGCGCACAUAUAAAACGUAUACAUCCUUUAACGACGAGUGAUAUACAACCAACACACAUUAUUAAGAAUUUCGUUAUGGGAAAUAGUAAAGAAGAUAGUGGUGAUGGUGGCGGGGAAAACAUUUACAUAGAUGACGCUGCGCAACAUAUAGCUGAAUAUCUUGACUGAAAUAAAUUUGUCCAAAUUUUAUUGUAAAGGAAAAAUAAAACUUUGUUUAUUUAUGAAACUAUAA